UUUCGGUUUCACUCACUUGCCCCGCCUCCUCCUCUGUUCCUUCUUCUUCCCCCAUUCUCACUGUCCUCCUUAAACCUUAUCUCAGACAGAACUAAAGUCAGUUACUUUAUCUAAUGUUCUGAACUUGCUAUAUCGUUAUCUCCAUGGAUUUGAUGGUGUCCACAAGCAGUGUACAAGAAGGGCUCUCCUUGAUUCAACAAUUUCAUCGCGAGUACAGUAAGCUUGAUGUCCUCGGUCGUACCUCUCGUAACGUCAACUCCAGACUCUCUCUCGGGUCACGAAAAAGGAACCGACUUGUUCUCGCCUCCGCAUCCUCUGGUCUCAACGGCAGAGCUCAAAAGUUCGAAACUUUGGCUUCUGGGGUUAACGGCAACGGUCACUACAGCUCUCCCAACUCCUCUUUCGCCUUGGAAGACGCGGAGAGCAACAACCAUUUGCGUCAGCUCGUCAGAGCCGGCGAGUUGGAGGAAGGGUUCAAGUUCCUCGAGAACAUGGUCUACCACGGGAACGUCCCCGACAUCAUCCCUUGCACGACGCUGAUCCGCGGCUUCUGCAGGAUGGGGAAGACCAAGAGAGCCGCCAAGAUCCUGGAGAUUCUUGAAGGCUCUGGUGCUGUCCCCGAUGUGAUAACUUACAACGUGAUGAUCAGCGGUUACUGCAAAGCCGGGGAGAUCAACAGCGCUUUGUCUCUUCUCGAUAGGAUGAGUGUUUCUCCCGAUGUAGUCACUUACAACACCAUCUUGCGUUCUCUUUGCGAUAGCGGGAAGCUGAAGCAGGCCAUGGAGGUUCUCGAUAGGCAGCUUAAGAGAGACUGUUAUCCUGAUGUGAUUACUUACACUAUAUUGAUUGAAGCUACUUGUAAAGAGAGUGGUGUUGGUGAGGCGAUGAAGCUUUUGGAUGAGAUGAGGGUUAAAGGGUGUACCCCUGACGUUGUGACUUAUAAUGUUUUGGUGAAUGGGAUAUGUAAAGAAGGGAGGUUGGAUGAAGCGAUUAAGUUCUUGAAUGAUAUGCCGUCUUAUGGUUGUCAGCCGAAUGUGAUUACGCAUAACAUUAUCCUUAGGAGUAUGUGUAGCACGGGGAGGUGGAUGGAUGCUGAGAAGCUUCUUGCUGAUAUGCUGCGUAAAGGCUUUUCGCCGAGUGUUGUCACUUUCAACAUCUUGAUUAACUUCUUGUGCAGGAAAGGCUUGCUUGGACGAGCGAUUGAUAUCUUGGAGAAGAUGCCUAAGCAUGGAUGCCAGCCGAACUCCUUGAGUUACAACCCGUUGCUUCACGGGUUCUGCAAGGAGAAGAAGAUGGAUAGGGCGAUCGAGUAUCUGGAGAGGAUGGUCUCUCGUGGCUGUUACCCGGACAUUGUGACUUAUAACACUAUGUUAACGGCUUUGUGUAAAGAUGGAAAAGUUGAAGAUGCGGUUGAGAUACUUAACCAGCUUAGUAGCAAGGGGUGUUCGCCUGUGCUGAUCACUUAUAAUACUGUUAUCGACGGGCUUGCGAAAGCUGGGAAGACAGGGAAGGCGAUAAAGCUGCUGGACGAGAUGCGUGCGAAGGAUCUGAGGCCUGAUACCAUCACCUACUCCUCUCUUGUUGGGGGGUUGAGCAGGGAAGGGAAAGUAGAUGAAGCUAUCAAGUUUUUCCAUGAGUUUGAGCGGAUGGGCGUUAGGCCGAACGCGGUUACUUUCAACUCUAUAAUUCUGGGGCUCUGCAAGACUCGGCAGACGGACCGUGCCAUCGACUUCUUGGUUUAUAUGAUCAACAGAGGGUGUAAACCGACUGAGACAUCGUACACUAUUCUGAUAGAAGGCAUAGCUUAUGAAGGUAUGGCGAAGGAAGCUCUGGAGCUGCUCAAUGAGCUUUGUAACAAGGGGCUGAUGAAGAGAAGCUCAGCAGAGCAAGUUGCAGGGAAAUGUAGCAGUAAGUAGUUCAAUCACUAAGAGAACGUUUCACUUGGUUCAUUUCUAUUUGUUAUGUCUUAGGUUCACUUUUGAUUUGUCAGAAUUUUGGUUUUUGGAGUUUGCAUAUCAAAUAUGAAACAGCUGUUACCACUA